UGUCUCCUUAAGCCCUCAAAAUUCAACACCGCGCAGCAUCUAUUUUGAUCCAAUCUCGACAUUUCUCUACUCAACUCGACCCGGAAACCCGAACACAUCCAUCUAAUCAUCCAUCAUGAAGCUGACCUCUACUGUCACCGCCAGCUUGCUCGUCUUCGCCAAUGCCGCAAGCGCUGGCCAAUGUGUAGCUGGCUUGAAUUACUGCGGAAGUACUUUGGUCGAUGGCGGAUACCAUGACAUUAUACAACAAACUCUCCGAAACUCUGGUGAAAUCGUUCUUUCGAACUCGCCGGGCGUCUGGUGGGGCACUUACUGGAAAUGCAAUCCUGGCGGCUCAAUCACCUAUCUCGGAGGUUGUGCCGGUGGUUGUAUCGAUGCCGGAGCUGGCAAAAGUGACAUCUGCAACCAUGACGCGUCCGAUUGGCUAUAAAUUGCAUCUAGUGAAGGGCACUGCUUUGCUUGGACCUAGUGAGGUCGAAACAUGCCGUUUUACAUCUAAGCCAGCUCUCAAUACAAUGGCUCGUCGAUGUCCUGUUUAUAAAUCAAGCAUUCGUGGCUUGGUUUCAAUCAGCCCUUGGCAGAUAAUAGACCACAUGGGAGCUAAACAAAGGAGAACUCGCGCGCUCGUAUAAGUAAGGGCGAGCUUUGGAGACCCUGACCUUGAUCAAUUUCUCGUCAUCCUGGAUACCGUCUUGCAGUCGUUAGGUCGCACCAAGCCAUCAGAAAAGGACCUGAUUCCAACGCUAUAAAUUCUAUUGAACCCCUGUCAUAACACCAUUAUUUAGGUACGUAAAUGUGUCACAUUCCUGUAUAGAUCUCAUCCAUAUCACCUGAAUUAGGCCGUCUUUGUAUCUAAUUAGAUGUUGCUUUUCCUCUAAUAUAAAAAGAUCAUUCACAAAC